GACAAAAAAUGGAACACACCAGCAGUGUGAGGAGACCUGAGAGUGGCACAUGGCAUGGCAGAGUGUGGCGAUGGAGACAGCAGCAAUGGGAGGCCGUACAGGGACCCAUGAGAGACUCUGGACCUGGCAGCGCAGCAUGAGGAGGCGGUACAGGGGCCCAUGGCAGAUUAGGGGCCUGGCAGCAGCUAUGGUAGGCCCGUAAUCUGCCAGCACCCUAUGACAAAAAAUGGAACACACCAGCAGUGUGAGGAGACCUGAAAGUGGUACAUGGCAUGAGACACUGUGGACCUGGCAGCAGCAUGAGGAGGCGGUACAGGGGCCCAUGGCAGAUUAGGGGCCUGGCAGCAGCA